ACAAAGCCGACUCCGCCCUCGGUCGUUUCUCGCCGCCGUCUCUUUCUCCUCCUCGCCCUACCGCUUGCGGCUGUCUCCGGUGGCGUCGAUCUUCUCUGGCCAUUUCCGGACAACCACUAAACUGAGAGGAAAAGGGAGUCCAUUAUGGCAGUUGCAACUCAGACUUUUAAGGGAAACUUGAAGAAAGCACUGGCUGGACUGAGGAGAAUCGAUUUAGAGGGUUUACGUUGGCGAGUAUUUGAUGCAAAAGGCCAGGUCCUUGGAAGAUUGGCAUCUCAGAUAGCAACUGUAAUUCAAGGCAAAGAUAAACCUACCUAUGCGCCACACCAGGAAGAUGGAGAUAUGUGCAUUGUGCUCAAUGCAAAAGAUCUAUCUGUUACAGGAAGAAAAAUGACCGAUAAAUUUUAUCGCUGGCACACUGGAUACAUUGGCCACUUAAGAGAAAGGAGCUUGAAGGACCAGCUGGUAAAAGACCCAACAGAAGUGGUUCGUAAAGCUGUCUUGCGCAUGCUACCACGCAAUAAAUUGCGUGAUGACCGUGACCGCAAGCUCAGGAUAUUUGCGGGAAGCGAACAUCCAUUUGUCGAUCGUCCUUUGGAACCUUACGUGAUGCCACCUCGUAAAGUGCGGGAGAUGAGGCCCCGGGCUAGGCGUGCACUAAUUCGGGCGCAGAUAAAGGCAGAGAAAGGCAGCGCCGGACCAAUCGUAAAGAAGAAAAAAUAAAGAAGUGAGUUCAUGAGUCUAGGUUUUUUCACGAAGGGUUCUCAUCCUCAUGGUUUGGCCCAUUCCAUGAUUUCACAUGUAAAAUGCUCCUACCGAGAUUCUUUACUUGGAUUUGAUGGUGUAUUUCCAUUUAACAAGUUAGAUUUUGGGUGUCUUUACAUUUCUAAAUAAUCCUUUGACCUGUUAUGUUAUAAACGAAUAUAGAAGACAAAAGACUAUUUCUCUAGCAUAUCGAAUCCUCGUUAUGCUUUGUGGUCAA